AUGAAGAUGUCUAACGCUGACAUGGUCUUGAACGCCACCGAUCGGGUAGUGAAAUCUGUGCCCUUCCCCCUUAGUCACCGUCUCACCAUGAAGGAGGUGUUUGACUGUGAGGGCAAGCCACGGGUGGACCUCCUCAAAGCUCACCUCACCAAAGAGGGCAGGGUGGAGGAGGCUGUCGCUCUGCGUAUCAUCAACGAGGGCGCCGCAAUCUUACGCCAGGAGAAAACCAUGCUGGAUAUUGAGGCACCUGUCACAGUGUGUGGUGACAUCCAUGGGCAGUUCUUUGACCUAAUGAAGCUGUUUGAAGUGGGUGGGUCACCAGCCACAACGCGAUACCUUUUCCUUGGCGACUACGUAGACAGAGGCUACUUCAGUAUCGAGUGUGUUUUGUACCUCUGGUCUCUGAAAAUCCUCUACCCAAAGACGCUAUUUUUACUGCGAGGAAACCACGAAUGUAGACAUUUGACAGAAUAUUUCACCUUCAAACAAGAAUGUAAAAUCAAGUAUUCAGAGCAGAUAUAUGAUGCGUGUAUGGAUGCAUUUGACUGCCUUCCCCUGGCUGCCAUCAUGAACCAGCAGUUUCUCUGUGUUCAUGGUGGCCUCUCCCCUGAAAUACACACUUUAGAUGACAUAAAAAAGUUGGAUCGAUUCAAGGAGCCACCAGCGUUUGGGCCCAUGUGUGACUUGCUGUGGUCAGACCCGCUGGAGGACUUCGGCAAUGAAAAGACCCAGGAGUACUUCAGCCACAACACAGUCCGGGGCUGCUCUUACUUCUACAGUUAUCCAGCUGUGUGUGAGUUCCUACAGAAUAAUAACUUGCUAUCAGUCAUCCGAGCACAUGAGGCACAAGAUGCAGGAUAUCGGAUGUACAGGAAAAGCCAGACCACUGGCUUCCCCUCACUCAUCACCAUCUUCUCUGCCCCAAACUACCUUGAUGUUUACAAUAACAAAGCGGCCGUUUUGAAGUAUGAGAACAAUGUGAUGAACAUCCGACAGUUCAACUGUUCCCCCCACCCAUACUGGCUGCCCAACUUCAUGGAUGUUUUCACCUGGUCUUUACCUUUUGUUGGGGAGAAAGUCACAGAGAUGCUGGUGAACGUGUUGAGUAUCUGCUCAGAUGAUGAACUUAUGAAUGACGGAGACGAGAUCUUCGACGCAAACGCAGCAGCAGCCCGGAAAGAGGUGAUCAGAAACAAGAUCCGUGCCAUAGGAAAGAUGGCCAAGAUGUUCUCUGUGCUUAGGGAGGAGAGUGAGAACGUACUCACUCUGAAGGGCCUGACCCCAACUGGGAUGCUACCCAGUGGAGUGCUGUCCGGAGGCAAACAGACAUUGCAGAGUGCCACCAUUGAGGCCAUUGAAGCUAUCGAGACAGAAGCACACGAUGGAGAAGCCAUCCGUGGCUUCUCUCCUCAGCACAAGAUCAGCAGCUUUGAGGAGGCAAAGGGCCUAGACCGCAUCAACGAGCGUAUGCCGCCUCGUAAAGAUGGCGUCAACCACGUGGGUCACUCCAUGGGCAAGAUGACCAUGUCUGAGGCAAAUGGCACAGAUGACAACAGUAACAUCCAGUGA